AUGUUGUUUUUAGUGGGACUUGGGCUCGGUGAUGCCAAAGAUAUCACGGUAAAGGGACUAGAAAUAGUCAAGAAAGCAAAGACAGUAUAUUUAGAGGCAUACACGUCAAUUUUGACUGUUGGAAAAGACGCACUGGAAGAAUACUAUGGAAGGGAGGUUAUUCUUGCUGACAGAGAAAUGGUAGAACAGCAUUCUGAUGAUAUGUUAAAGGAAGCUAAAUCCGAGGAUAUAGUCUUUCUGGUUGUUGGCGAUCCAUUUGGAGGAAGACAUAUUUAUGAGCCGCCCAGGUAUAUGACAGUGAGCCAAGCGGCCUCCCAGUUAUUGGAAAUUAUUGAAAAAAAGAGGUCAGAAGGUCAAGAGAAUUUAAGUUUAAUAGAAGAUACCAUGUGUGUGGGUGUGGCCAGGGUAGGUGCUGAUGACCAGAACAUUAUGGCAGGCACUCUGAAACAGAUGGUCAAUACUGACUUAGGUGCUCCUCUCCAUUCAUUGGUCAUUGCUGGUCACAUGCAUCCACUGGAAAUAGACAUGCUCAGACUGUUUGCUGUUGACAAAAACAAUUUUGAUGAAUUGGUGAAAAAACAUCAUGUGCUUUGAUGAAACCUGUUUCUGUGAUGUCGUCAGGAAGUGGGGGUGACAGUGCAAAAUUCUACAGUUCAGGAUAUGUUCAGUUUUCGCGUCAACAAUAUUUACACUCAUUUGGUACUUUUUGCAUGGG